GGAGUACACUUUAAAGAUCUGCUGUUGAUAGAGACUGUUUUCAUGUAAUUGUAGUGCCCAGAAAUAUGCUUGUGUGAUGCAUGAAAACUAGCUUUCACUGAACUGCCAAGCUUCUCAGUAUUUGUAAACCAUAUACCACCAUAAAAUGGAGAGACCUCCCAUCCCCUGAUCCCCUGGUUCACUCCCCAGAUGUGGAGCCCAGCCAGGGCUGGGCAUGCUAAAGUCAGGACCCAGGAUGCCCUGGCAGGCCUCACAGUAAUCAGAAAUGAGUGAACAAGCAGCAAAACGCAGUUCCACUCAACAGAGACCCAUGGAUACAAGUUCUCCUGAGAAAACCUGCCAAACUGAGCUGAAGCAACUGCAACAGAUAGAGCGGCAGCUGAGAUGCCUGGCAUUCCAGAACCCCGGGCCCCAGGUAGCCGACUUCAACCCCGAGACACGGCAGCAGAACAAGAGGGCCAGGAUGUCGAAGAUGAACGAGUAUUUUUCUCCAAAGUACAAGGCGGUGAAGAAGUACAACAGAAGUGGCAAGCUCGUAUACAACGACGCCGACCUGUGCGACUGCCUGGAGAAGAACUGCCUGGGCUGCUUCUACCCCUGCCCCAAGUGCAACUCCAACAAGUGCGGCCCCGAGUGCCGCUGCAACCGCCGGUGGGUGUACGACGCCAUCGUCACAGAGACCGGUGAGGUCAUCAGUGCUCUGCCAUUUAGUAUUCCCGACUAGGGUCCCCUGCUGGCUAGCUGCUGCACGCGGAAGCCCACCUCUUGCUCCUGGAUGCAGUGUAUGGCUGCAGGAAAUUAUCAGAGAAAUAUCCCUGACUCAUGGCUCUCAGGCCGCAGGAUAGUAUAGCAUGGGCGGUAGUUCUAGAACCUUCUCUGUGUCUCCUCAAAUUCCUUGGCUUAAUGUUUUUGGAAGUUUGCAGCUGUGAGCUCUUACGUAGAAUGUAGACUGAUAGUUUAUGGUACCUUCUUGUCCUUAGAAUCUGGUCUAUCACCAGCCGGUUCUGUCAGAAUUG